UCNACCAGCCCUCAAGCAGAAUCUCGGCGUCGCACGUAAGAGUGACACAGUGUGAUGUCUGUGACACGGCGACGGACGCGUUGGAGACAUGGUCUCAGGCUUUUCCGUGCGUGGUCAUCUCUUCUUGCCAGCUAUUCCCCUGCUGCAAUUGACAAUCUCGAGAGAUUCACUGCCAGAUGAUCACCUGUCUCACGCUACUGCUUACGCUCUUCCAAGUUGUGUCGACUUCUGCUUCGCCGGCGCGGCUGUUUGGCCGGGAUGACUAUGGGCCAUGGUUGCCAACACGCAUAGCCGCAGAUCAUUGUCUCGAUGUCGCUCUCAGCUUCAGAGUAGACCUUACGAACAACGUCUUGAUUGCGGGCAAUUUGCCGCCCGACGUACAUUUGUCCUGGCACGAGACCAAUCGUGACGACCGCGGUGGAGCAACGUACAAGCUCACUCUCGUUCGUGCGCUGGCUGUCAUGGAUGUAAUUUUGCACCGCAAAUACGGCUCUGACCGAUUCUCUUUNUUCGAGGUGCCGAGUUGCAAUGUCGGCAUCAACUCCNUUGCGAUCGGCGAUAUGCAUGCCANAGUCAUAAGCGCCGGCAUCGCAAUUCCUGCUUACUAGUACAUACUACCAUGCAUGUGCA